AAGUGACGGAGCAGAGGCCGUGGGGGCCGCGGGGCCGCUUCCCGCGCGCCCGGCCCUGCGUCCGGGGAAGAGCCCCGAGCCGAGUCGCCGCCACCGAGCCCGCAGCGUUUUCACCUUUAUGGAAAGGAGUUCUAAAUGUUUCAAAGAUGACAAUAAGGAGAAAUACAUUGCCUGCUUUAGUUACCUAGACCAGUAGUUGACAAGCUGAAAACAUCAGAAUCCCCAUGCCUGGAAGUUACGGCGUGAUGGCAGACGAUGGCUCUAUGGAUUAUAGUGUGCAUGAGGCCUGGAAUGAAGCCACCAAUGUUUAUUUGGUGGUGAUCCUUGUUAGCUUUGCUCUCUUCAUGUAUGCCAAGAGAAAUAAAAGAAAAAUUAUGAGGAUAUUCAGUGUGCCAUCUUCAGCAGAAACCUUGUCAGAGCCUAAUUUUUAUGACACAAUGAGCAAAAUUCGCUUAAGACAACAACUAGAGAUGUAUUCUAUUUCAAGAAAGCAUGACUAUCAGCAACCACAAAACCAAGCUGACAGUGUACAACUCUCAUUGGAAUGAACUCUAAAGAAGCAAUAUAAGUAACUGUUGUAAAACAAUGUAGUACCAAGUUCCUAAUUCUUCCUGCUAAAUCAUGAACAAUAUAUUUUGUUAGUGUUUUGUUGUUUUGUUUAUGGGCCACACCUGGCAGUGCUCAGGGGUUACUCCUAGUGGUGCCCAGGAGACCAUAUGGGAUGCCAACUAUCAAAUUCCAGUUGGCCGCGUGCAAGGCAAGUGUCCUACCCACUGUACUAUAUCCGCAGCCUCUUUGGACUAUAUUUUUAAAAAAGACUUGAGCAUAGAGUCCAUCCAUACUUAAGAUACAACACAACCAGAGAUUUUUAUCUAAUGAAAUCCUUGAUUUCUUCAGGAUACAAUCAACCAGGAAUCUUAAACUAUAUCUUUAGAAGUGAAAAUGCAUAGCCAGUGAUAUGAAUAUUUUUACUAAAUUUGAAAAUAAAAUCUAGUCAUUGAAAUGCA